GACUUCUCCCUUCAGGUGGAACACUGGUACAAAGGAGCGAAUGUUGAUCAAGGUGACAGACAGAGAGCCCAGCUUCUUGGCCCACCAGGGAAAUGGUUACUCCCCCUGUGACCCUCCCACCCCUGGUCCUCCCUCUGGAGGGGGCACCACCUCACGAGCCCGCCGUUCCUCUGGAGGAAACCCACCUUCGGAACCCGACGGCUCCCCCGUUCUCUACGCCGACCGCCGCCAGUCUCCUUUCCUGAAGCGGGCUGAGCUAGGUGGUACCGGCACCCACCGCCGCUCCUCAGCCGACUCCCAGCCCCCCUCGCCCCGCUACGCCUAUGAACCCCCGCUGUACGAGGAGCCGCCAUCCGAGUACCAGCCCCCUCCCAUCUACGAGGAGCCUCCCACUGACAUGCACCUCUCUGACUCCUCCUUCUACGGCACCGGCAAGUCACCCGCUCGUAAGUCUUCAGCACCCCUUUAUCACUCUCCCAAGCAGGGCCAGUCACCCUAUGGCCAGCUGGUUCUGACCCGGCAGAAGUGUCCAGAAAAGACCCAGAGUCUGGAGUACAGUCCUGUGGGGAAGGAGUACGUCAAACAGCUUGUGUACGUGGAGCAGUCGUCUUCCAGCCCUCGCUUCAAGACUGCUGAUCGCCUGCUGCGUUAUGGCACUACAGGGGGCUAUGGUGGCUCAUAUGGGGGGUCCUAUACUCUGCAGCACAGCCAAUCUCUAAUUAGGGACCCCCGCCUACUGCUGGACUACAGUGGGGAGGGUGGAGAGGGAGGCCAGAGGUUGCUUUACGAAGACUCCAUAUCCUGGACGUCCAGCCAGACCCAUUCCCUUUCCUCCUCCUCUACAGGCGGUCCUGGGGCUUUCUCUCCUGGAGGUAACCGCAAACGCAAGAGCCGCAAGCCAUCUCUACCCCAGGAACUGGCACGCUGUGGAGGGUUGGAAGGGGAGCUGGCAGGCACAGCAUCUGAGGCAAUGCUGGCCCAAGCCAGGCUGGCGUGGGAGGCCCAGCAGGUGAUGAAACAGAGGAGCAGUUGGGAUUCGGGGCAGGGGGGCGGGGCAGGUCAGGGCGGCAGCUCCAAAGAUGGCUAUGAGAGCGACGGGGCGCUGCCUCUUCCGUUACCAGGACCCGUGGUGAGGGCGUUCAGUGAGGAUGAGGCACUAGCGCAGAGCGAUGGCCACCACUGGAAACGCAGCACCUUCGAUCGACUGGGCUUCCCCCAAGCCCUGCUAGAGAAAAGCCUCUCUGUCCAGACCAACCUGGCCUCCCCUGAACCUUACCUCCACCCCUCACAG